UCCUCAUCUGUGCGCUUUCUAUCGUGGUCCAUUGAAGCGUCAUCUUGGAUACCGUCAUGGAUCAUGGCCACUUCAAUUGUCGAGACUACUACGUCUCUCCGCAUUUUGCCGCGCCGACCAUCGUCACAGAGACAACGACGCCGGCAGUCUACCGCCAUGAAUCUUUCGAUGAACUCGAACGCCGCUCUCGCUCGCCAGAAGCAGACAAACCCAAGUUUCCGCUCAUGAGACUGCCAUUGGAGUUACGGCAACACAUUCUAAGCUUCCUGCUGCCGCACACCCAGGAAUUCAAGGACUCCGGCCGACUUAGCGAACACGUUCGGAACUUCUCGGCCGUCAGGAACCGCGGAGCAAGAGGCAUGCCCGUCCCUACCGGAGACACGACUCAAGCAACAGCCAGCAAUGUCGUUUGGCAACGGGGCAACAUUAACGUCAUGUCCGUCUGCAAGCAGCUUCACGACGAAUGUGCCGAGCUUGUGUACGGACGCAACACUUUUCUCCUAUUCAUAACCUACCGAGGCAUCCAAUGGCGCUACCGCUGGCUCCUGCCGAGCGGUCUCGCCCCGUACAAAAGCUACACUUUCCUGGAGAUUCUGCCACAGCAGUACAUGCGACUGAUCAAGCGGGUGGUGGUGUACGUCGAUCACGUGGAUAGCUACAUGGGGAUGAUCAAGUUCAACGUCGGGGGCAAAGGGCUCAUCCACGGACUCAAGAGACAAGUGCAGCGGCUUGCAAUUGCGCUUGGAGCCGGCCAGCAAGACUCAGGCGAUGAAACGGAUGCUGACCGGCGCCUCGCGAAGAUCAGUAUUGUGCUCGAGAGCUCGCAGCCCCAGCGUGGUAGAGGUACUACGGAUUCAUCGAAAGACUUGCAGGACAUCUUGGAGCCUUUCAGCUACUUGAGAGGCGUUCGCCAUGCUACUGUCGGAGGAGCUGUGAGUCCUCAAUUCGCUGAGGAGCUCAUUCGGACGAUGAAGAGCACGGAGCCUUGUGCUACGAUGGUCAAGUCUCUGUUGGACGAGGGCAUGUCGACUUCGAAUGAAGCCGGUGGUGUGCAGCUCUGUGUGUACGGAAACGACAUCUAGCAGCGUGAUGCAUUAACGGUCUGGUCCUGGGACUGGGAUUCAGCUGUUUUAACUAGGUAAACACUGCAGCAGCCUUCUCGCUCAUUAAAAUACAAG